AUGAGUCAUGUGGUAAGGCCCUCCGUGUGCAAGAGGUGCUGGGAGGUCAAUGGCAACAUGGCAUAUUGGUGGAUCAUCCGAACUCCAAUCCUCCUGGCUAUUUUAGUAAACUUUUUCAUAUUCAUGAGGAUUAUUCAGAUCCUCAUCUCCAAGUUAAAAGUACACCAAAUGAGAUACACAGACUAUAAAUUCAGGCUGGCCAAGUCUACCUUGACACUCAUCCCUCUGCUGGGAAUUCAUGAGGUGGUGUUUGCUGUGGGGACGGAGGAACAGACAGAGGGUAUACUACGCAGCAUCAUCCUUUUCUUUCAUCUGUUUUUCAGCUCCUUUCAGGGUUUUCUGGUGGCUAUUUUAUACUGUUUUGUGAACAAAGAGGUACAGUCAGAGAUCAAGAAAAAGUGGCAGCGGUGGAAGCUGGGAAUUAGCGUUCUGGAUGAUCGCAACACAGGCAGCCACACUGCACAGGGAUUUAAGUGCUCACAGGACCAUCCGUGUCAGCAGGACUGUUCUGAGAGGGACAGCAGCCACAAGGGCUCAGACCCUCCCCCCACCCAGCCCUCUGUCCAGCGGCAUCAGCAUACUGAAGCUAAGAAGGGCAGGGCGUACUGCUAUAUCUCUGGGCGCAAGCAGGUGCUGAAUGGAUUAGACACACCAGCUUUGGGCCACAUUGAAAUAGAAGGAACAAACCAAUACUGUGAGAGCUACUGCUAA